AGCCAAUUUAAGGAUUUUCUACUUAAAUCAUCAACCAAUCCAGUUUCAAAUUGCCAAACUCAUCCCCUACCUCCGACAGAUUGUUUUUGGACAACCCAAACACCGACACAACCAAUUAACUCACAACAGCCAUUAAUCCACUAAUUUUCGAAGAUUAGAGAAGCCAACUUACCAGAAAUGCUCAGCAAGCAAGGCUGGAGCUGGCGGUAUGGGGGAGAGCCGACAGGAAAAAUUGGAGGACUUUCACGGGCCACUAGCAAUUGGAAGGAACAAGAUUAGGGUGAACCCAAUAUACAUCAAGGCUGAAAAGAAGAGUUUCUGGGCUGAUUUUACCAGGAAAAACUGGAGCUUAUACCCAGCAACAGCCGGCGGCAGGGAAGGGAGAAGCAGGGCAGAUCCGGCGGCUUUUCUGCAAGAGAGAGAAGUUCUAAGUUCUAGACUUGUUCUUGGGCAAGAAGAGAACAAAAUCAUCAAGUUCUCUUACCAAUUUCUGAGAGAAGUAGAUGAUGAUGAAGGCUGGUGGUGUUCGGCUGCAGGGAGAAAGAAAACAGAGCAGACGCGAAAAUGGCUGGGAAAAAGAAAGAAAGAAAAGAUAAAGGAAAAAGAGAUGAGUCAGCCGGCCUUAUCCAAUAAGAGUUUUAACCCCUUUAAAGUUUGAAAAACUGACAGUUAGGCCCAUUAAUAAUGUUUCUUCACUAUU